CGAGCCUGCGAGCGCUAACGUGUGCCGCGCGAUUAUCACUUUCACGAUCAGAAAAAUAGAAAAAAACGCGGGAAACUCGCCUUGUGAAACCUCACAUACGUCUCGAAUAAACAACUAGUAACAUAAUUGCCGCCGUGGAGCAUCAACCACCGCGACGGAUUGUUUACAAACACCAUGAUGUGAAAUAAAACAAAAUCGACCGUGUGUAGCGAUUCGAUACCUUUUGAAAAAUAAAAGACUGUCGCACGUGUGGCUCUAGGGUUCUCUCUCGCCUUCCUUCCUCACUUCGGUACUUCGGUUUGUUGAUUGUGGUGUUUCAGUUUUCGUUUGAGCUUCACCGAUAACGUUGCGAAUAUCGUGCGCAUUUUGUUUGGAGUUCUUUAAUAUUUUUCAUCAGUGUAAACGUGCUAGGGUACGUUUGGUUGAAUACGCCACUUUUGUUGUAAUAUGGGUAUCACUGGGAGAGUCACAAUGCCUUUCUUGAGCACGUUGGCUGCUUUGGUGAUCAUCGUGCAUUCGACUGAAGAAGACACGCAAUCGGACUACAGACGUGAUUUACGACCGAGAGUAUUGGAUACUGGUACACCAACUUACGAGCAGCCGUGGAGAGUUAUGAACGAAGAAAGUAUGAUUCAAAAAUCCACGCAAGGCGACACUUGGAAUGAUAAUUCUUCAGAAGAACCACCAAAACGGCGAAGACCGGGGCGUAAACGAAAACGUCGUCCUCAAUCGUCUUUGAAUGAGGACCAAAGCCCUCAAGACAGAUACGGCUACCCUGAAGAACCUCUAAGGCCAUAUUUCGAUGAAGAAAUGCCAAAUGCCCGUCAAACGACAGAGACAGUUAAAAGACGACGAAGGAAACCCGAAGGGAAGCCUCUUGAAUGGGUAGCUGGACCAUUAGAAAUAGAGAGACCGUUAAGAAGACGCGGUCAACGAAGAAAACGUCCAUCACUCGAACCUUGGCCCCAACUUAGUGAAUUUGACGAAUAUAAUAGUGAGAAAACUACAAAAGGAAUUACCACAGAAACAAAAACACCAUUAAAUACUUAUGACAACACUCAUCAAGAUAACGAGAACCAAAAUGAAAAUCCUAUGUCAAUUACAGCGAAUGAUAAUGGUGAGUUAACAGAGCAAAAACCAUUAAUAGAGGAGACCGAUUUCCCAUUAGGCCCAGAAGAGAAAGAUUUUGAAUUUCUUAUUAAUAAACCUGAAUUACAAGAAGAUAAAUCUUUAUCCGAAUUUUCAAUAGAAGUAAUGACUCAGGCACACGAGUCAAGUGUUGAAGAGGAACCGACGAGACUACAAGCUAAGUUAGGGGAUAAAACUUCGGGUGUUUUAAAUGAACAUGACAAAGCUAAGGAUAAAUUUGCGCUUCGUGGUUAUAGCCAUAAAUGUGUUAGUGAUUUUAUCUCUCCACCAAAACCUCAUCAAGACAUGGAAAUAAAUUAUGAAGCAAUAAAAUAUAAUUUGAUGAGAGAGAAAGCACUUGAAAAGGCAGAACAAUCUAGUACAAUUAAGAUCACAUAUUACAGAAGGCCUAAUAUUAUGAACAAAUGUAGAGAUAAACUUCAAACGCGAUCAGCGGAGAAUGGUCCAAUCGAUCCAGUUUCAUUAAAGGAUAUAUUGAAACGAUCGAAUGGAAGUAGUUUAAGCGAAAUACUGCAGCAGCAUAAUUUAUCCCUGGCUGAUUUACUUCGCGGGAAACAAAAUGCAAUAUCCAUAUUCCAGUCAGAUAAUACAUUUGAAUAUCGAAGAAAACCAAUUGCUGAUACAUUCGAUGAAAGUGGUAAGGCUGUAGAGGAAAUUAAUACGGACGAAUCUUAUACAGGGUAUAGAGAACGCCAUGAUAAUUCGAGAACUAAAGAGAAUGAACUUUCAUAUUCCAUAACAAAUCAAACAAUUGAUCUUAUACCACAAAAUACAAAUGGACAACUUAGUUCAUUUAUUCAAAACAGGAAUGAAGUUGUCAAGAAAGAUGAAGACAUAGAUAUCACAACUACAACUGAAAAACAAGAAACAGUUACACCAAAAGUGAUGAGCCGAAUUAGAUUUCCCACUGGUCUUCGCAAAAAGUUACGCAUGAGACCUAUGAUGAACACAACAUACAAGGCUCAGUUGAGUAGGGAUUUGAUAGCACUGAACGCUAGGAGAUAUAUACAUCAUAGAAAGAAUAAUACUAAAUCGAGGGAGUGGAAAAACAUGCUGCCUUCGCUUACUAAUAAAACGACGCAACAACCGGAAAAGAAACCGAUAGAUGAUAUCGAAACAGAAAACCAUAUAAUAGAAGAGACCACAACCGCAGAAAACGGUGGUUUUUAUAGUAAUUCGACAUUCUCAAAUCAUUCAAACAUAGAACCGCAGGCAGAUAAUAAAAGUUUAAAUGAAGAUGUGACGACAGAAGCAUAUACAACAACGAAAGUUGUAGUAAAGGAGAUUUUCAAAAACGCUGUCGGAGAGCAACCAACAGUACUGCUUUUGAGACAACCAGGCGAGAUAGCUGGGAAUCGGAGAAAGCCUUUUAAUAAUAGGAAGAAAAAGCGCAUAAGACAGAAAAGUUCUACUACAGAACCUGCACCAGAAAACUUAAAUAAUAAUGGCUAUGGUUCGAAUGACUAUGCACAUUUGGAAAUUAUUCCGAGGCCACGUAAACCAGAAAUAAGUGAAGAUAGUGAAGGUUUUCCUACUAAUUUGGAAGACUUUAUGACGACACGUUCAUCAGUAACACAAAUGGACAUAAUUAGACCCGCGAAAAUUUCUGCAAAAAUUUUCAGUACGAUAACACAUCCUACUACGCAAAGUUCUAUGGAAGAAACUGCUAAAAUUGAAAUAGACGAGAUCCUUAAUGAUACUGGAGCAAGUGCAAGGCUUUCAAAAAUAUUAAUGGAAAGAAAUAUGACUUUAACUGAAUUAGUGGAACAUAGAGAACGUGGCUCUAGUCAUGUUCAUUUAGCAGAUAUAUUUCACAAUGCUUCUAAAGAGCCUAAUCCACCUGAACCGUUCUUAUCAAAGUCUCUUAUAGAACCAAUAUCGAAGGAAACCUAUCCGUUAAGAGCAAUUUUAGAAGCGAAUUUACAUGACGCAUCCGUUAAAGCAACUACUAUUGAUCCAAGUAUGGUGGAAAAUAAUAAUUACCUGAACAUUCCAGUAGUAAUGGACUUUGGUAAUAAUGUCAAUGAAAAUGCUGAAAAUAUGGGCAUUAUGUCACUAUUCUCUAAUUUCACAAGAUUGAGUGUAAAUACUAACCAUAAAGAGGGUACUACAACACAUACAAUAAUCCCUCCAGAGAAAUCUGAGGUUGUCACUACAGUAACAACGCAAUUAAAUAACUCAAGUACAAAUCUUAGAGAAAGCCGUGUAUUACCACCAGAUGCCGCCAAUGACAAUCAAGACGAUGUUGCUAGUUGGAAAGCAAUAUUUUCUUUAAUGAAAGAUAAUUACAAAAAUCAGAGUAAAGACUUAUUAGAAAAUUUAAAUGAAGAAUUCUCGACAUCUGAUAGUAUUAAGACAAUCACGUUAGAAGACGAUGUUGAUGGGAAUGGUGUAGUUGUACUAGAAGAUUUGAAACAUCUAAAAGAUUUUGAUAAUAAUAUAGCUUCAGAAUCUGAUGAUAGAUUAGAAUUUAAUCCCAUGGAAAGGAGUGAAGCAACAUCAGGCAUUUUAGAAAUAAUACCUAGCCAGACAAAAUCAGUUACAGUUGCAACCGCAAGUAUCGCUGGUUUAGCUAUAGUAUUGUUUUUACUCACUUAUGCUGCAUUUAAGUGGAAACAACAAAAAGGAAUUGGAGGUAUUAAACAUAAUUACCCUGAAGAAAGACUUCCCGCACCAGUUUUUGAGAACAGAAAAAGUCAUAAAAAUAACAGCAGCACGCGAAGUAUUAGUCCAAUGUUAUCAUCAACUUCCAAUAUCUAUACAUUAAAUACUUUAGAUUCAAGAAAUGGCAAAGAAUCGCCAGAAUACAUGUGGGACACAUUAAGAAAACCAUUUCAAUAAUAUUUAUUUCUGACUAGUGGAUAAUAUUAUUUUGUUUGUCAUGCAACUUGUUUAUAUUAGGAUAAUCAUGCUACCAAUGAGAGGCUCAAGUUAUUUUCUUUAAAACUAGUGACCUGAUAUGGAUAAGACUAAUUUAUUAGGAUUUAUUGGUGAAACAGGAAAUAUGCUUCUGUAAGAAAUUUCUACUGUUACUUAUAGUGUCUGUUUAUCUAUUUAAUUUAAUUUUAGUAUUAAGCUGCAAGUAGUAUAUAAGAGAAAUGUGUCAGAAUGAUAUAUAAUAAAUAUCUCAUAUUUUUUUGAAUAUGUA